AUGCUCAUCGCGCUCCUCCUCAUCGGCGAGAUCGAGCGCUUCGACCCGAAUUCGACGAUCCCCGACCGCGUCGUGCGGCCGCUCGUCUCCUUCGGCCACAGCGUCGACGUGCUCGUCACGGCCCAGCCCUUCGCGCUGCGCGACAUGUUCGCCUUCGACACCGUGCGCUGGGCGCGCCUGCCGCGGCUGUCGCCGGUCGCGGCGCCGGAGUCGCUCGCGCCCAAGGCCGUCGCGGCCGCGCGCGCGGCCGAGGCCUGGGACGCGGCGGCCGUCGGCGCCGCCGCGGCGCGCGCGCUCGCGCCGCUCGAGGCCGCGUGCCUCGCGCGCGGCGCGCGGCGCUACGCGCUCCGCGUGGCGCGCGCCCACGCCGACGACUUCGAGCCCGCCGUCGCCGACAACGCGGCGCCGACGAAGCAGCGGCCGCGGCGGCGGCGGAAGAAGAUCCAGCGCGACGUCGCCUCGGCCGCGGGCCACCUGCGCAUCCGCGAGGCCGCGCUGGACCACCUCGAGGCCGCCGAGGACCCCGAAAACCCCUACGACUACGUCCUGCUCGUGCGCGGCGACGCGCGGUGGCUCGGCGACGUCGCGGACGUCGCGGGGCUGCCCAAGGACGCGGUCGCGACGAAGCGGUGCCUCGACUGGUCGGGCGUCAACGACAAGAUUGCCGCGCUGCCCCGCUACCUCGCGGCGCCCUGGCUCCGCGCGAGGGCCCAGCUCGCGAACUCGUCGCUCGCGUUCUCGUCCGUGGAGACGCUGCUCAUGGCGACGGCGCGCGCGCGCGGCGUCGAGGUCGCGCCGCAGCCCGUCGACGCGUUCCCCUUCCUCGACUACUACUGGUGGCGGAGCUGCUACCCGGCGAAGUACGCCGGCCCGCCGCCGCACUGCGUCGAGGACUACGCCUGCGCCGCCGCCGCGCCGCCGCCGCGCGUCGACGGCCUCACCGCGCCGCCGGAGGGCGGCGAGGACGCGUGGCGCGUCGCGCGCUGCGCCGCGGCCGACUGCCAGUGCCUCCCCGCGGGGCUCUGCGCCGAGGCGAACGCGAACCUCUGCGCGACCUUCCACGCUUCGACGCCCAUGUCGCGGCGCGCGUCGAGCGGCGGGCCGCCGGACGGCGGCGAUGAGUGCAAGCACCUCAUGGCGAAGAAGAUCGCGCAGCUGACGAAGGUCGUCUACCACGUGAACACGGUCAACGAGGACCACCAGGCGCUGAAGAAGGCCCACCGCGAGGAGGUGAACGCCGUCGUCCGCGACGGCUCCCGGAAGCUCAAGGCGCUCAGCGAGGCCGUCGCGCGGAAGAAGGAGGACGAGCAGCUGCGCGCCGAGCUGGAGAAAUGCAAGGAGACGCAGGCCAAGGAGAAGGAGCAGGCGCUGGCGGGCAUGCGCAAGACCGUGGCCGCGCGCGAGGCGAGCCUCCACUCCGAGUACGGCGAGAAGGUCGGCGCGCUCCAGGCCGAGGUCAAGCACGUCGAAGCCAAGUUCCUCGAGGCGAGCCGCCACUUCGCCGAGGCGGCGCAGCGCCUCCAGGACGGCGCCGCGCGGACGUCGGGCGAGCGCGAGGCCGAGGCGCGGGAGCGCGAGGAGGCGCUGGACCGCCUGCGAAAGCAGCACAGAGAGGAGCUGGAGCGACUGGAGAAGGAGCGCGAGCUCGACCGGGAGCGCGCGAAGCGGAGCGCCGAGGAGCUUUUGGCGGCGGCGAAGCAGAAGCACGACGACGACGUGCAGAAGCUCCAGGACGCCGCGCGCGACGUCGCUUUAGGCCAGCUGCGCGCCGAGCUCGAGGGCACGCGCGAGGAGGCGCUCGCGAAGCAGGCCGCGGCGCACGGCGGCGAGCUCCGGGAGAAGCAGCGGGCCAUCGAGCAGGCGACGGACGUCGCGACGCGCGCGCAGAUCGAGGCCGACGCCCACAAGCGGUCCCUCGACGCCGCGGAGGCCCGCUGCGCGGAUUUGGAGGCCCAGCUGCGGGACCGCGACGGCGAGGUCGCGGCGCUGCGGGGCGACGUCGAGCGGCUCCGCGCGGAGCUGCGGGCCGCGGGCGACGACGACUCCGCGCGGCUCGCCGCGGCCCGCGACAGGGCCGACAAGCUCGAGGCCGACCUCGCGCGGGCCGACGACGAGCGGCGCACGCUGCUGAAGUCCCUCGAGGAGCUCCGGGGCAAGUACGACCGCAUGACGAAGAUGACCGAGAAGGAGCUCGAGAAGAAGGACGCGGCGCUCAGCGCCAAGGACUCGGAGCUCGAGAAGGCGCGCGGCGCGGCCCAGGCCGCCAAGGACGAGGUCAAGCAACUCAAGCAGGAGCUCAAGGGCGCGGCCAAGGCCGCGGGCGACGUGGACGCGGCUUUAAAAAAGAGCGAGGCGCUCGUCGCGAAGCGCGAGGGCGAGCUCGACGCGCUCAAGCGGGAGAUGGACCGGCUCAAGGCCGGCUCGGCGAACGCCGCGUCGUCCGCCGCCGCCGCGCAGCGCGAGGCCCUGGACCGCCUCAGGGAGGAGAUCGCGGCGCUGGAGCGGGGCCGCGCGGACGACGCGACGCGGCGCGAGGAGGAGAAGCAGCGCCACGCGGCCGAGGUCGCGGCGGCGCGCGACGCCCACGCCAUGCGCACUCAAAGCCUCGAGGAGCGGCACGCCGUCGCCGUCGCGGACCACGAGGCGGCGCUCAAGAAGAAGGACAAGGACUACGAAGCCGCGAAAGCCGAGCUCGAGAAGCAGCUCUCCAAGGCCCUGAAAAACUCGUCGGCCGACGCCGACGCGUGGAAGGCCCAGGCCGAGGAGACCGCCGCGGCCCUCGUCAGCGAGCAGGCGGCCCACGCGAAGACGAAGAAGGGCCUCGACCGCCAGCUGCAGAUCGUCGACUCUUUAAAAGCGCAGAUCGAGGAGCUCCGGCAGCAGCUCGCGUCCGAGGCCGACGCGGCCCGGCGCCAGGAGGAGCGCAAGCUCCGGGAGCUCGAGGACAAGUGGAAGGAGAAGCUCGCGGCCCAGCUCGCCAAGGCGAGUGGCGAGUCCGCGGAGCUGCACCGGCGGAACACGCUCCAGGCCGCCGACGCCGCGGCCGCGGAGCGCGCGCGCCUCGAACGGGAGGCCCGGGAGAAGCUCGACGACGCCCUCGCGCGCGCGGACGCGCUCGAGAAAGAGCGCGACGCCCUCGCGGCGCGCCUCGCGGACGCCGAGUCCGCCGCGGCGACCGCCGCGGCCGCCGCGGUCGCGGAGCGCGAACGACUCGAGGCGCGCGUCGCCGAAUUGACCGACGACCUCGAGGGCCUGCGGGGCGACUCCGUGCGCGUCGCCGCCGAGCUCCGGGGCUCCGUCGACGCGCUCGAGCGCGAGCUCGGCGAGGCGAAGCAGGCCCUGCGGAAGACGAGCGACGACCUCGACGGCGCGCGCGCCGCCGCGCGGACCGCGGCGAAGGACGCCCUCGACAAGCUCGACGCCGCGACGACCCGCCUCGAGGCCGCGCUCGAGGACGCGCGGGCCAAGGGCGCGACCGUCGACGCGCGCGACGAGGAGAUCGCGAAGCUCAAAGCCGAACACGCGAAGCGCGUCGCGGACGACGACGAGAAGCACGUCGCGGCGACGGCGUCGCUCACUCAAACGCUCACGGCGAAGCACGACGCCCUCGAGGCGAAGACGACGGGCGAGCGGCUCGACCUCGAGGAGCGGCUCCGGUCCGAAAUCGCGCGGGGCGCCGCGGACCUCGACGCCGCGCGGCGCGAGGCCGAGGAGGCGGAGCAGAACCUCGUCGCCGCCAUGGAGGACCGCGAGCAGGCCGCCGCGCGGCACCACGCGUCCGAGAUGGACCGCGCGGCCGAGGACGCGGCCGCGGAGCUCGGCGACGCGAGGCGCGAGGCCGAGAACCGCCACGCGAACCUCCUCGAGGCCUUCGAGGCGGACCGGCUCCGCCAGGAGACGGCGCUCCGCGACCUCCAGGGCCAGUACGCGCUCCUCGAGCGCAAGUACGCGGCGCGCGAGUCGCGGCCCGAGGACCUCGAGAAGAUCGCGGACCUCGAGAGCGAGAACAACCAGCGCGCCGAGGACCUCGCGCGCAUGAAGAAGGAGAUGGCCUACUUCAAGAACGAGCUCCUGAACCGCGAGGAGAACUUCAACAAGAAGUUCGGCGCGAGCCCGAACGUCGGCGUCAUGAACGUGCUCCCCCAGAAGAAGAAGAAGGCCAUCCCGCGGGGGUUCUAG